AUGGGGAAACUAAAGACAGAUUAUUUUAUCUUUUCCCAAAGAAACCCUAAAAUAGAUGACAACUACUUGAAGGAACUGAAUGAAGACUUAAAGUUAAGAAAGCAGGAACUUCUAGAGAUGCUAAAACCUCUACAAAAUAAGAACAAUAUCUUAUUCCAGAAGCUAAUGGGUAACUUGGAGGAAAAACAAAGAAGUCUGCAGAUCAUGAGACAGAUCAUGGCAGGGAGGGGAUGUGAUGAAUCUUCGGUCAUGGAGCUUAUUAAGGAAGCAGAGGAGAUGAAACAGAACCUGGAAAAGAAAAACAAGAUGCUUCGGAAGGAAAUGGAGAUGCUAUGGAACAAGACAUUUGAGUCACAAGAGCUCCAAGAUCAACAGAAAGCAUUACCCACAAAGCCCAAGGCAGACUUGAAAGAUGGAAAGGUGAGUGGACUUAGAAUGUCACAAAAGAAGGCUAAGAGUGGUCCAGAGACAUCACAUGCAGAGAAAGUGCAGGGCAUAAGGAAGGAAAAGCAACAGAGGAAAAUAGAAUGGGUCAAAUAUGAGGAACAUCCCAACAUCCUUCAGAAUGGCUUUCAUGGCAAAGUAAUUGAACUGAGAAUUGAGGCCUUGAGGAACUACCAGAAGGCCAAUGACUUAAAAUUAUCACUGUACCUACAGCACAAUUUUGAGCCAAAGCAAGGAGCUUUCAAUCUUCUGAGGCCUCAAGGUAAAAUGGAUACAACUACAGAGGGAGCAACAACCAACAGAAAUGAACCCUAUAUGCAAAUACCCAGAUCAAAGAACUGCACAGAACAACAAGAAGGAAGUAGAGAAAGUCAGUCUGAUGAUGUAGGAGAGAGGCUCUUUUUUCUGAGUUCAAUGCCAGAUGAAGCUCUGAAGGAUUAGAAGGAUUUCGCUCCAUUCGCUUUGGACAGA